GCUCCUGUCCAGGUGACCCUGAGAUGGAGCUCAGGGACCGCAAGAGCCCUGAGGAAGGGGAUGCAGAGGAGGACACAGCCACGACCCUUCGGCGCUUUGUGGAGCUGACGGUGUCCAGGGUGACCCCAGUGCGGAGUCUCCGGGUCCAGUACUGCCUCAUUCGCAAGCUAGGCUCGGGCUCCUACGGCCGCGUGCUCCUUGCCCGGCCUCGCCGAGGCGGUCCCUUGGUGGCUCUAAAGCUUCUUCGUAGGGACUCUGUCUUGAGGGACACCUUCCUGAGAGAGUUCUGUGUGGGCCGCUGCGUCUCCUCACACCCAGGCCUGCUCCAGACCCUGGCGGGCCCCCUGCAGACCCCCCAGUAUUUUGCCUUUGCCCAGGAGUAUGCGCCCUGUGGAGACCUCAGUGGGAUGCUCCAGGAACAGGGUCUCCCGGAGCUGCUGGUGAAGCGAGUGGUGGCCCAGCUGGCCGAAGCCCUCGACUUCCUCCAUGGCCGGGGGCUGGUGCACGCGGAUGUCAAGCCGGACAAUGUCUUGGUUUUCGAUCCCUUCUGUGGUCGUGUGGCCCUGGGCGAUCUGGGUCUGACCCGGCCGGAGGGAAGUCCAACCCCUGCCCCACCGGGUCCACUGCCCUCUGCACCUCCCGAGCUGUGUCUUCUCCUGCCUCCUGACACCCUGCCCCUGAGCCCAGCCCUGGACUCGUGGGGGCUGGGCGUGCUUCUCUUCUGUGCUGCCACCGCUUCUUUCCCGUGGGAUGUGGCGCUGGCCCCUGACCCUGAGUUUGAGGCCUUUGCUGGCUGGGUGACCACCAGGCCCCAGCCACGUCGACCACCGUCCCCCUGGGACCAGUUUGCACCCCCAGCCCUCCAGUUGCUCCAGGGGCUCCUGGACUUGGACCCCGAGACAAGGAGCCCCCCACUGGCUGUCCUGGACUUCCUGGGUGAUGACUGGGGGUUAGGGGAGGACGGAAAGGGGCCUGGGAGCCUGGGGAUCCUGUCCAGUGAGAAUGGGGACGAGGAAGAGGGGGGCUCCAGCUUGGAGGAGUGGACGGAUGAGGAAGACAGCAAAGAUGAUGGGAGGAAGGGGACAGAUGGGGGAGCUCCCUGAUCAGGGGACGGCGACAGGUGGCCGGAGCCUGGGCCAAAGGCCCCACCCCCACCCCCAUGGCCACCUGGAUGAGAGACAGCUGCUCAGGGAGCACAGAGGGGACACAGAGGACCUCUCCCAGCAGAGUGCUGGGUGCUGACAGAGGACGAGAGAAUCCUGACCUCCAGCCCCUCCUCCUUCGGACCCCCGAGUCUACCUGUCUCCUCCUCCUCCUCCUCCAAGGGCCCAUCCUUGUCGCUCAUCCCUGGCUGCGUCUUCUUGAAAGGAGGCUGCUUCCCCCAUGGACGAGUGUGGGUUCUCUGGGGACGUGGGGACGGCUUACCGUGACUUUCUGAUGGGAUCACGCUUCUCCUCUGUGGCCCCGAGAGGCUCCCUGGCUCUAGGGCUUCGACGACGAGCUUUCAUCCAAGUGUCGGCACCACACAGAUCCCAUGGCCCUCCUGAGAGGGUCACACAUCCUUUCUGGACCUCCGUUCGCACGCACACACACACUUUCUAGCCAACAUACUAUACCCACCACUGGGCCCCCUAGUGGAGCAAUGAUUAAGUGGUAACUGUUAACCAGAAGAUUUGUGGCUUGAAUCCACUGAGAGAGAGACAGAGACGAGAGAGAGACAGAGAGAGAGAGGGGCAGACAGAGGCCUGGCCAUCCCAAAAGAUAAAAGCCUUGGUAACCCAAUGGGGGAGCUCUACUCUGUCACACUGCAUUACUAAGAGUUGGGAUCCUGACCCAAUGGCUCCAGAGACCACCACCACCAGACUACACCUCCUGCCUCCAACACAGGCACCUUGCUCCAAGCUCCAUAGGCCCAGGGCUUGGGAGCCUCCACCACAUUCUCUGUCCUUCUCAGGGAUGUGAAUCUCAAGGGUUUGUGUCUCUGCUCUCUUGCCUGUCUCCCAGGCUGCACUUAGUCCUCACUUCUAGCACCUCCUACAAAGCGUCCUGUGUGACCUCCCGCUGGGCACUGAGCACCGUGGUGUGUGAACAGAGCGGGUUCUGAUGGAGUCCAUUCUUGUGUCUACGGGGCCAGCUGGCGUGGCCUUGGUGACUAUGCACCAGGACCACAGCCCUUCUGGAAAGCACGUGUGUCUCAGGCUUGGGCUGGUUCAAGCCCUUGGGGCCAGGGCUAAGCAGGCCGGUUUGGUGUCCUCGAAUCCCAAACACAUGGGGACUGGAUAGUGUGGGUUUCCACAGUAAUGUAUCAUAGAUUUUUUUUUUUUUUAGACUUGAGAGGGAAUUCGCGCCCCCCAACCCCCGCCCCGCACUGCUGAAUGGUAAAGUAGAAAGGCAGAGGCGAACAGGAAGGCCCUGGAUACCAUGGGCUGACACUGGCCGCAACAAGGGCUCAAGCACAGAACAACGGUGAGGUCGGGGCCCAACCGGACAGUGUUUCAUUCUCUUGUGCACGUGGUCACUGUGAGCCAGAACCCACUCAAUGGCUCUUAGCCACAGCCACGCCCCCAAACUACUGCACAUCGGUCAACGUUAAGCCUUAAACCCUCACUAUCCCCUCCCAAUAGUUUGGCUUUAACAAGCACAAAGACUAUCUGCCUCAAGCACUGUGCCCUAGCGAGAUCUGUCUCCCAACCAAACUCGCUGCCAUCCAGUCAGUUCUGACAACUCACAGCGACCACAGAGGACAGAAGGCAAUUGCCCCCGGGGGGUUCUGAGGCUGCAGAUCUGUACCUGCGCAGCCAGCCUCACCUCUCUCCCACAGAGCCGCUGGUGGUUUCAAAUAACCUUGUGGUUAACUACCCACUGCACCCGCAUAACCACUGCGCUCCCCCUCCGCAGGACAGAUGUAGGAACUGCUCACGCGGUCUUGUCAUAGGUCUCUUCCUCAUUAAAAAA